UCGAUUUAUUAUUUAUUCAUUGACUUCAUCAGUACUCACACAACCCUACUUUCCCUUAAAUUUACAUUAGCUUCUUCAUAUUUCCAAUCUCUCUAACAAAAAUCUCAACUAUGCUAGAUCAUUCAACCCCUCAUUUUCAUACCCACAAAAAACCAAAGAAUCUCUCCCCCAAAAACACAAAUUAUAGAAUCUUCUUCUUCAAAUGCUCUCAAUUAUUCCUAGUUAUAAUCUUCCAAGUUUUCAUCAUACACUUCCUUUUCCGGUCUCCAUCGAAACCAGCAUCACUACUUCAUCAAGAUACACAGCAUAAGAAUAUUCCGGCGCCGGAACACGGUCGCCGCUGCAAAUACGGCACGGUCUACGUGUACGACCUCCCGGCGAAGUUCAACCAAGACUUGCUCGACCACUGCGAUGAUUUGGACCCGUGGCACUCCCGCUGCAAGGCCGUCUCCAACAACGGCCUCGGCCCAAGGGCCGCCUCCGCUGCGGUGCCGGAGAAUCUCGCUCCGGCGUGGUACUGGACGGACAUGUUCGCCGGCGAGGUCCUCUAUCACUCACGAAUGCUGCGGCAUGAGUGUCGGACAACGGAGCCGGAGUCGGCUACAGCGUUCUACAUUCCGUUCUACGCCGGCCUCGCAGUGGGUAAGUACCUCUUCACGAACUACACGGCGCGUGAGCGGGACGCGCCGUGCACGGAGAUGCUUCGGUGGGUGAGUGAUCAGCCCCCAUGGCGGCGUUCUGGCGGCGCCAACCACUUCCUCAUGUUCGGCCGGAUGACGUGGGACUUCCGGCGGUCGCGUGACGACGACUGGGGGUCGGGCUUCAUCCACAUGCCGCUGAUGAAGCGCGUCCUCCGUGUUGGCGUCGAGCGGGACCCUUGGGACCCACUCGAGGUCAGCGUGCCCUACCCGACCGGCUUCCAUCCCCGGUCGGACCGGGAGCUGGUCCAGUGGAUGGAGUUCGUGAGGACCCGGAACCGGACCAGCCGGUUCACGUUCGUGGGCGGGAAGCGAGAAGUGAAGGGCGAUUUCCGGGCGAUCCUACAGAAUCACUGCCGCAAUGAGUCUGAUUCUUGCCGGGUCGUGGACUGCUCGGGGACCCGGUGCUACGACGGGACGUCGGAGAUUCUGGAGGCGUUCCUGGCGUCGGACUUCUGCCUGCAGCCGAGGGGCGAUGCAUAUACGCGGCGGUCGACGUUCGACUGCAUGCUGGCUGGUUCGAUACCGGUUUUUUUCUGGAAGAGGAGCAUUUCUGAUCAGUAUGAGUGGUUUUUGGGCGACGAACCGGGCCAGUUUUCGGUUUUUAUAGACCGGAGAGAGGUGCGGAAUGGGACGAAGUCGAUCAGGAAAGUGUUGGAGGGAUACAGCAGAGAUGAAGUGAGGAGGAAGAGAGAGAAGUUGAUUAGUCUGAUGCCCAACUUUGUUUACAGUAGUGGUGAAGAUGGGACUGUCAAAGAUGCGUUCCACGUCGCCAUUGAUGGAGUGUUGAGAAGGUUUCAUAAUCACAAGUCGAGUACAUAAUUUGUGCUUUAUAUAUAUAUAAUUUAAAUAGGAUUAGUUCUCCUCAAGUUACACAAAUUUUUAUCGGUUAUACGAAUUUUUGAAUUUUAUUUACCUCUCCUACAAAUGAAUCGAAAGUUAUGCUGCAUCCACCUGAGUAGUCAGAGGGCUUGUGUUUGUGUUCUGUAUAUAAAAAUUGAGUGCUGUAUGAUUUAAAAUAUAAUCUAAUAACUUAGGACUUAGUUCAA